AUGACAGAAAUAAUUGUAGAUGCAUUGGAGACCACUGGACAGAGGGGCAUAAUCAAUAAAGGAUGGGGUGGUCUUGGGAGUUUGACAGAACCAAAGGACUCAAUAUACUUAUUGGACAAUUGUCCUCAUGAUUGGCUUUUCUUGCAUUGCAAGGCAGUGUCAGUGGAAGGACCGAGGAUGUUAGUAGUAUCCCAAGAGGAUGGAAUUUGUCUGUCUUCUUGGGAGAGAGGUAACUUGGGACAAAUACCUUAUGGGACUGUGAAGAAGAUUGAGUUAUUCAACGGACUUGAUCCAAUGGGCUUGAUAAGCAGGGCUGAAUCUUAUUAUGAAGUGCAGAAUAUAACAGUUUGA